UAUUCUCAGGAACGCCAACCAAGCGAAAACAAUUCUCUCGCGAUUAUUGUUCUUGAUCGUUGCAGCUCCGCAUCAGGGCACUGAUCUGUGAUGAUUAUAUAAUAUUAUGCAGGUCAUACACAUAAAGGCGGAAUCAUCCUCUCGACAAUAUUUUGCUGAAUCACCCUUAGCUUUUCAGUGGAGCGGAAUUAAUGCAAGCAGAAUAGAGUUCAAAGUUCAUUCUAUCUCGAAAUGUGUGCAUGAAAGUUAGGUAAACUGUACGACUACGGUAAAACAUCAUUCGGUCAAUGCCAUCCAACAAAAAACAAAGCAACAACUAGAAAGCCUGAUACCUAACAAUGGCUGCAAACGUAGAAAGAGUUUUGGUUACUGGCGCAUCAGGCUACAUAGCCACUCACAUCGUGAAGCAACUACAGGAAGCUGGGUACAGGGUCAGAGGAACCGUCAGAAGUGUAUCCAACCCCGUCAAAGUUGGACCCCUCAAGGAGCUCUGUCCUAACCCUGCUCAUGAGCUGGAACUGGUGGAAGCCGAUCUGACCAAAGAUGAAGGAUGGAAAGAAGCUGUCCAAGGAUGCAGCCAUGUCCUGCACACAGCGAGUCCGUUCCCCUUGGCUGCCCCGAAGCACGAGGACGAACUCAUCAAACCAGCCGUGGACGGUACGGUCAGGGUGCUACAGGCGUGCCAGGAGGUGGGCGGGGUCGAGAGAGUUGUGGUGACCAGCUCCUGUUAUGCAAUCAGUGAUUUGGCUGAGACCCCCAAAGAGCCUCUGACAGAGGAAAAUUGGUUGAAAGUGGAGAAGCUUGGUCUUAACGCAGCUUACGCCAAGAGCAAGGCACUUGCUGAAAGAGCUGCCUGGGAUUUCGUUGAAAAACUUCCAGCUGAAUCCAAGUUUGAGCUGGCCGUCAUCAAUCCGUCCGUCGUGUUGGGUCCGGCGCUGUGCGGAGCUCCUGGGACCAGCGUGGAGAUCGUACGCCGUAUGAUGGAACGCGACCCCUUCCUGGCAGCUAAGGUCAGCUUCCCAGUCUGUGACAUACGCGACGUCGCUAAGGCCCACGUCGUUGCCAUGACACUACCCGAGGCAGCAGGUAAUCGGCACAUCAUCGCUCCAUGUACAUUAUGGUAUCUGGAGAUGGCUAAUGCCCUGAGAGAGGAAUUCGGCAAGCAGGGCUACAACCCGCCAACAAGUUUAGCCCCGUAUUUUUUGCUGAAGGUGGGUAGCUGGUUUGACUCUUCCGCGAAAACGAUUGUCCAAAUUCACGGCCACAAGGUUAAUUUCUCCGAUCACAGACUUCGUCAAGUCCUCGGCAUCACACCGUACGAUCCCAAGGUUACACUGGUCGACAUGGCAUACUCGUGUAUUGAUCGCGGUUUCAUCGUGAAGAAGAGUGCCUACAAACCACGGGACUGAAUCUAAUCAGCCAGUCAAAUUGGCAAUGCCAUAGUACCCAUAGUUGCGGCAAAUGGAUCAUGUUUUCCUCUUUUAUACCAUUUGGCUUGAGGUAAACUCGUGUUUUUCCCCACAAAUUGGUAUGAAUUGGUGUUGGUUUAAUAUUAUUGAUAGAGCUGUUAUCGUAUGAAAAUAUGAAAAGUAUUACUUAUUGCAUGGAAUGGAAUGGUAUUUUAUGGAACAAUGUCUGUAACGAGACUUUUCGAGGAAUGUUUGAGAUGUUUACACUCCUUGAAAAAAGCAAGUAAGAAUGAAACAAACCUGUGAAGUAUAACUUAUUUCAUAAUAGUUUUUUAUACAUGUACUUGCAUUUAUCAUAGUUAGAAAUAGUUAUUUUGGGCAUUUUCGUAAUAUGUUAUUAUUGUAGUUAUCAUUUGUACAAUUUUAAAUUGUAAGUAAAGGAAAGAAAUUUUUCCCUUUUUAUAAGUAACACGAGAACAUAUGUAAAUAUGAAAAUAUGUCAUGGAUCACAAGCGCUGUACUUCACGACAUGUACAAGUAUACCAAUAUUAUACUGUAAAUCUGUAAUCAUAUUGGGGUGUCAAAUUGUAUUAUACAAUUAACCCCUAGAUACUAAUCCAAUGAUUGGUCAAAAGCUGUCACGUGUCAUUUUUUCCUGAGACUAUCCCACGUUUUCAAAGUCGCCACUCAUAACAUUUAAUUCUUUCGAAUUUCAAACAAAUUUAUUUCUAUUCAUAUUUUGUAUAGGUUCAAUGUAUAAUUUUAUUGCAAAUAUGGUAAUAAUAUUCAGAUUCCUGUAUAAUGUACCAAGCAAUCUGCCAUAAUGUACAACGAUGGCGACCCGAUACAUGCUCCGGCGGCGGUUGCUCCAGGUUUUAUUUUCAUCAGGGAUGUGGGGUUAGGAUUGAAUUAGUUGUUGGGUUUUGAGCUGGGUUUGUGCUUGGUGGUGGGGUUGGGUGCGGUGUAAGUAUCUUGUCCAGGCUCGGGAUUGGGAGUUCGAUUAAUGUACUGAAUUGCCGCGGAGUAAUUGUAGCCGGAGCAGGUGUACAAUCAUAAUAUGUGUACUAAACGAAUUGCAAUUUUACUACCAUAAUGUUAUUAUGCAUAUGUUUUACGUGUAAUUUUUCUUUGUCACUGAUGUAUACUUUGUUCGGGCCGCGAAUGUUUUUUUUAAAGAAUUAAACCACUUUAUUGAGGACAUGCAGGGAUGUAAUGUAAUGUAUUCCAAAAAUAGUAGGAGAGAAAUGCCAUUAUCUACAGGUUUACUAAAAAUUUAGAUCGAAAAAUUGUUGUCGAUGGAGAUGAUGAUGAUGAUGAUGCUGAUGAUGAUGAUGAUUUAUAACAGAUAGGAUCAAGAGACAACCUUCCGAUGAAAAGAAGAUUUUUAUAUUUAUCUUAAAAAGAAGGUAGAAUGCAGUUUUCGUUACAAAUAGAUAUGUUUAUUGUGGGUCCGAGCAUAAAUACUAUUUACAAGGCAUGAGGUAAAACAAUUAAAAGUCAAAUCAUUUAUCGUGAUAGAUCAAAUCAACUACAUCAAA